CCGGCCUCCUGCUCGCCACCAUGGACAGCGCCCGCGCACCGGCCGCGGGCCGCUGGGACGCCGCGGGCUUCUGGCAGGUCUGGCAGCGCUUCGACGCGGAUGAAAAAGGCUACAUAGAAGAGAAGGAGCUCGAUGCUUUCUUUCACCAUAUGUUGAGGAAAUUGGGCACAGAUGAUGCGGUCGUGGAGGAAGAAAUGCGCAGGCUGAAACAGCGCUUGGUGGCCGCCGGGGACGCCCCUGUCCGUGUCCAGAUGAAAGAGCUGGCCAGUAUGUUCUUGUCUGAGGAUGAAAAGUUUCUUCUGUUCUUUCGCCUGGAAGCCCCCCUGGACAGUAGCGUGGAGUUCAUGCAGAUUUGGCGCAAAUACGAUGCCGACAGCAGUGGCUUCAUAUCAGCUGCUGAACUUCAGAACUUCCUCCGAGACCUCUUCCUGCACCACCACAAGGCCGUUUCCGAGGCUAAGCUGGAAGAAUACACAGGCACCAUGAUGAAGAUCUUUGACAAAAAUAAAGAUGGUCGGUUGGAUCUUAAUGACUUGGCAAGGAUUCUGGCUCUUCAGGAAAACUUCCUUCUGCAAUUUAAAAUGGAUGCCUGCUCCACGGAAGAGAGGAAGAGGGACUUUGAGAAAAUCUUCGCCCACUAUGACGUCAGUAAAACUGGAGCCCUGGAAGGUCCAGAGGUGGAUGGGUUUGUCAAAGACAUGAUGGAGCUGGUGCAGCCCAGCAUCAGUGGGGUGGACCUGGAUAAGUUCCGGGAGAUUCUCUUGCGUCACUGUGAUGUGAACAAGGAUGGAAAGAUCCAGAAGUCGGAGCUGGCUCUGUGUCUUGGGCUGAAAAUCAGCCCCUGAUCUGCACAUGGCUCCACCCUUUGCUCUGUGUCCUUCUUGCUCCUGCUGUUGAAGUUGUACCUGUGCUUUGCUGUUGGGGACCGGGGCAAACUCAGUGAAGGUUUGGACGCCAGGCCUCCUUCUCUCCGAAAGCCUCUGUGCAGUGCUGCCUCGGGUUGCUCUGCCCCAGAGCCGGGCUUAACCCGCUGCUUCUGCUCUGCUUACCCUCCCAGGCCCCUGGAUGCUCUUCCUGGGGGCCUUCUGUGGAGUCUGCCUAGUGUGUGCCACCCGCUCUGUAGAGAUGGCUGUGUGAAAUAA